CGCGAGAUUUGGCAACACUGUCAGGCACUUUCCACCAGUUAACAUGGCUCAGUCUGGGCUGCAAUUUGAGUGUCAGAUGGGAUAAAGAGUGUGAUAAAACGGACGGGUGUGUGAUGGAAGCCGACUCGGUGCCCGUAUCCGGACCUGCUCUUCGCAUGUCCGUCGCUGCUGCUUGGGAUAAGGUCGCAGCGGCUUUGGUGUCUCCUGGGUGCCUGCAGGAGGAGCAGGGUCUUUUGGACUCUUUGGUUCUGCUCGGUGAUCAUGGUUUGGACCAGCUGCUGGGCAGCUGGCUGCUGGAGACCCUGCAGAUGUGUUUGUCCUCGUCGGUGGUUCCUGAAUUCUGGUCUGGACUCAAGCAACCAGAAAAUGAGCUGGAGGAGCGAGACAGGGCCUUGGUUCUUCUCGCUGCCUUCCGAACACUGUUGGACCGACUGCAACCAAGUCUAGAUGGGUUGGAGCAGCUGGGGAUCUGGCAGGAAGAAGGUCGAGGCGGUCUCUCUGGUCUGGGUCCCAGAAGCCUCAAGGAGCGGGCCGUCACCAUCAUCAGGUCCCUCCUCCUCUUCUCUCCAGAUCCCAUUCUCCAGGAGCGAGUGCUGGAGUUUUACAGCAGGACGUUUUCUGUGUACAUGAGCCAGCAGGGGGAGCAAGAGGAAAGGGGCAAUGAUAGUCCAGAGGGAAGACUUUGCCAGGGCUGUGAGGUUCUGACUGCCCAGUGCUGGUGUCAGGAGGCUCUGGAACACCUGCAGGAACUCAGCCACAUACUAUCCAAACUGCAGCUGCUGGAGAGGGUCAGCUCUGAGUCAGUCACCUCCAUCCUCCACAAACUGAUGGAGCAGAGAAUGGAGCGGCACUGCAGGGGGGAGUACGAGUGCUCCUUCCUGGUCAACUUCCAGGAGUGGUUGGAGCUGGUGCUGGGCUGGCUCAGCAAAGUCUUUGAUAGCGAGGCCGACGCAGAUGCCCCGACCUCCACUCCCGGAGCAGCUGGAGACCAGAGCCGUGGCUGCUCCAGCUCCAGCUCCAUCCUGAAGCAGUGGAGGUGCCACAUGCAGCAGUUCUUCUGCAGGAUCUACGUCAACAUGAGGAUUGAGGAGCUCUUCAGCAUCAUCACAGAUUUCCCAGAAUCCAAAGCUGCCAUCGAGGACCUGAAGUUUUGCCUGGAGAGGACAAACCAGAGGCAGCAGCUCAUCACCUCCUUAAAGUCGGCCUUUGAGAGUCGACUCCUGCACCCAGGUGUUCACACAUCUGACAUCCUCACCGUCUACAUCUCGGCCAUCAAAGCGCUCAGGGAGCUGGACCCGUCCAUGGUCAUCCUGCAGGUCGCCUGUCAACCCAUCCGCAAAUACCUCAGGACUCGUGAGGACACGGUCCGACAGAUCGUAGCUGGAUUGACCGGAGAUCCUGAAGGCUGCACAGACCUGGCCUCGGAGCUGUCCAGAGGAGACCCCGUCACCCUGGAGAUGCAGGACAGUGACGAGGAGGGCAACGACCCCGAGGACUGGACUCCUGACCCUACAGACGCAGUACCAGAAAAACUGGGCUGGAAGCGGCGCUCGUCUGACAUCAUCAGUCUGUUGGUCAGCAUCUACGGCAGCAAAGACAUCUUCAUAGACGAGUACAGAGCUGUGCUGGCUGAUAGACUGCUGCACCAGGUCAACUACAACACAGCCAGGGAGAUCCGUAACGUGGAGCUGCUGAAGCUGCGGUUCGGAGAGUCUCAUAUGCAUUACUGUGAAGUCAUGUUGAAGGACAUGGCUGACUCCCGCAGGAUCAACGGUAACAUCCGUGAGGAGGAGGCAAAGCUGGGGGAGCAGGAGCAGCCGCUGCAGUUCCUGUCAGCCAUCAUCCUCUCCUCGGAGUUCUGGCCGCCGCUAAAGGAGGAGAAGCUGGAGCUGCCUCCGCCCGUCUCCCAGGCCAUGGAGACCUACACCAACCGCUACCAGAAACUGAAGGCCAUGAGGACUCUGAGCUGGAAGCCUCACCUGGGGUCAGUCACCCUGGACGUGGAGCUGGAGGAUCGCGUCCUCACAAACCUGACGGUGUCACCCAUCCACGCCGCCAUCAUCCUGCACUUCCAGGAAAAGAGCUCAUGGACAUUGGAGGAGCUGAGUGUGAAGCUGGGAGCGCCGAAGGAGCUGGUGCACAGGAAAAUAGCCAUGUGGCAGCAGCAGCUGGGGGUGCUGAGGGAGGAGGCCGGGGGGCGCUACUGCGUGGUGGAGAGGGGCUCAGCCAAGGAGAAGCCGGAGAGAGGAGUGAUGCUGAUCGACAGUGACGAGGAGCGAGACUCCAACACCACCACCCAGUCGGAGCAGAGGGAGGAGAAGCUGCAGCUCUUCUGGGCCUACAUCCAGGCCAUGCUGACCAACCUGGACAGCAUGACACUUGACCGCAUCCACUCGAUGCUGCGCAUGUUCGUGGCCACCGGGCCGGUGGUCACUGAGAUGGACGUGAACGAACUGGAGGCCUUCCUGCAGAGGAAGGUCAGGGAGCACCAGCUGAUGGUGUCUGCGGGCGUCUACAGACUCCCCAAAUCCAGCUAACGCCCUGGGACCCUGGUCCUCCUGAAGCCCACCCACCUGGAGCACUUCCUGUUUCAUCAUCAUCAUCAUCAUCAUCAGAGACUGUCCCCCCCCUGUAGAUGAACGUCCAGGCGUUUCCUACUGAUGAACAAUAUUUUUGUUUGAAUUAAAAAGACCUUCCAGAACAUA